CACAUGCGACCGGGUCGACCCCGCCUGUUGGCUGGCUGGCAACAAAACCCCCGCGUCCUCAGUGCUCCCCCUGUCAUUGAUUCCAGGCACCAGACGUUACACGCACUGGCUCAGACCGAGGACCACUGUGGUGGACAGACAGCAUGUUUCCAUUUUACCUCCAGAAGCAUGUGAAACAUAGGAGCACUACACUCUGACGCUUUCUCCUGUCCUUCCUGGAGACGUUUUGGGAGGAUCGUUGGUAGAAUUCUUCUCUCAAGCUGUCUUCAGCCAGGAGAAGUUUGCAAGUCUUGCUUUAUUUUAACAAAUAGAAAACAUGGCAGCCCAGGUGGUGUCUUCAGACCCCGCAAAAUAUGCGGAGGGGCUCAGGAAGCAGCUGAUGGCAGACCUGUUUGAGGGAGACGACCUGGAGACGGACGUGACGCCGCUGGGAGAGAAUAUUAGCCUGGCGGAUUUCCUGGGCGAAGGAGGCGUGGUCAGCCUGCAAGACGUUGACAAGGACCUGGAGGAGUUCCAGGAGCACGACGUGAUCAAAGGCAUUCUGGAGCAGGGUCGUGUGGUCAAGGAGUACGCUCGCGAAAUCGACGACAAGCUGCGGACAGUGGAGAUGGAGUCAAUCCAGGACUACAUCAACGAGAGCGACAACAUGGUUGCCCUUCACGACCAGAUCAAGGUGUGCGACACCAUCCUCAACGGCAUGGAGCAGCUGCUGUCCAAGUUCCAGUCGGAGCUGGGCAAGGUGGGCGAGGAGAUCCGGCAGCUGCAGGUGCAGUCGCAGUCCAUGGGCACCAAGCUGAAGAACCGGCGGGCGGCGGAGGGGCAGCUGGGCGCCUUCAUCGAGCAGCUCACAGUCAGCGAUGAGCUGGUGGCGGCCAUCCUGGACAACGAGGUGAACGAGGAGUACAUGGAGGCGCUGGUGGCGCUGGACCGCAAGCUGCGCUUCGUGCGGGAGGACGGCGUGGCCAGGGGCAGCCUGGCGCGGCGGGACGUGGAGGGCGCGCUGGAGAAGCUGCGGGUCAAGGCGGUGACCAAGGUCCGCGAGUUCAUGCUGGGCAAGGUGUACCAGCUGAAGCGGCCCAAGACCAACGUGCAGAUCAUCCAGCAAUCUGUGCUGCUCAAGUACAAGUACUUCAUGCGCUUCCUGCGGGCGCAUGGGCAGGACGUGUACAUGGAGAUCCGCUCCGAGUAUGUGUCGGUCCUAUCCAAGAUCCUGGCCUCCCACUUCCGCACCUACCUGGGAGCCAUGGAGAAGAUGCAGACGGCGGUGGCGGGACCCAACGACGUGCUGGGCGCGCCCGAGAGCUCCGGAGGAGGCGGCGGCCUGGGCAGCCUGUUCGGCAAGGGCGCGGCGCGGCCCACCACGGAGGCCACGUUCAGCCUGGGCGAGCGCGCGGCUGUGCUGGACCAGCUGGACAAGCCCGCCAUCAUCCCGCACAUGGCCGAGUUCGAGGGCCGCAAGUUCCCGUACGAGGUCAUCUUCCGCAACGUGCACAAGCUGCUGCUGGACACCGCCACCAGCGAGUUCCUGUUCUGCGCCGACUUCUUCGACGAGGACGAGGGACUGCCCGUGUUCAGGGACAUGUUUGCGCCCAUCGUGGCGGUGGUGGAGGGCGACCUGGCCAACAACCUGCAGGACAUCGGCGACCUGGUGUGCAUCCUGAUCAUGAUCCGCAUCAACCACGACCACCGCAAGCUCAUGGCGCGCCGCCGCGUGCCCUCCCUGGACGACUACCUGGACCGCGUACACCUGCUGCUGUGGCCCAGGUUCAAGCUGCUGUUCGACGGCCAGCUGCAGUCCAUCCGGCCCGGCGCCGAGCGGGUGCUGUUCGUGGACUCCACGCGGCCGCACUUUGUGACGCGCCGCUACGCCGCGCUCACCAGCUCCGUACUCAUCCUCAUGGCGGGGUAUGACAGCAGCGACCCCGGCAUCUUCAAGGCGCAGUCGUUCGUGGACAUGAUGGAGCGGCUGUGGCAGGCCAUGCACGACCUGCUGCUGCGCAUGUCCAACCUCUUCCGCGACCGCCGCACCGGCAUCAUCUUCCUCAUCGUGCAGUACAACCACAUACACGUCACCCUGCGCGCCGCAGCAGCAGGCAGCCUGCCAGGCACGGGCGCGCCAGGCGCAGGCGCCGCCUCCGGCGGUGCGGCGGCGGGCGCUGGCGCGCCGGCGGCGCCUGCGGCGCCGCCGGCCGGCGCUGGCGCGCCGGGGGCGGCUGGCGCCGCCGCGGGCGCGGGAGGGCCAGGGGGCGGCGCGGGCGCGCCGGCGGGCGGCGGCGCGGCGAGCGCGGGCAUUGGGCGGACGGGGCUCACCAACCUCAAGGAGUGUGAGGACCAGCUGGCCAGCUGCACGGGUCUGUUCGUGGACGACCAGCUGGGGGCGCACUUCCGGGACAUGGUGGACUGGGUCAAGAAGGCGGAGCAGGCCGCCAAGCGCAGUGGCGCGGCGGAGGGGCAGAUCAUCCCCGGCUUUGCGCCGGCCCAGGCCGCACCUAUCCUCCGGGACUUCGCCACCAGGUGGCAGGCCGCCAUUGAGGCCAUGCACCGCGAGGUGGGCGCACAGUUUGCGGAGACGGGGUGCGGGCGCGACGUGCUGCAGGCGUCCAUGACCAGCCUGCUCAAGUACUACACACGCUUCCUGGAGCUCCUGAAGCGGCAGGGCGCCGAGGGCCUGACGCUUGUGCGCGAGGCGGUCAACGUGCCGUCCAUCAUGUACGAGAUCAAGCGCAUCACCAAGACGUGAUGAGAUCCAACGACAUUGGGAUGGUGACGGGGUGACAAAGGGUGUGUAGCUGUACAUGAUGUACGUGAUGGCGUUGGUGGUGAUGGCGGUGCGUGUAGGGGAUGACGCCGUGGCCAGUGGGUGCACAGUGGAGGUAUGUGUGACGGCGGUGCGUGGUGGCAGUGGUGGGCUGAGGCGGGCCACACGCUGGAGGGGCAGCUUGGGGGGCAGAGGGCUCAGGAUAUGAGGAGCAGGAGGUAGAGCGGCGUAUGACACGAAGAUAGGUGACAAGGAGGGCGGGCGGCUAGGUCCGACUGCAGCGGUGGGAGCCUUGCAGAGGGUUCAGGUGGUUACCCGUACAACCGACUCGCUUUUGUGUGCAAGAAGCUUGCCCUCUCCACACUGCGCUGGUGCGAAGCUUUGUAAUUGCGAACCUGC